AUGUUGAAAAGGACAAAAUGGCGGUGGAAGGGACUUCCAACUGGGAGGCAGUCACCCCGGGGGUGGUUGAACCACAGCGGCGCUAUCCUGCCGGUUGGCACCGAUCUCGGUGGGUCAUCUAGAGGGGUGGCACGGCUAACCAGACCAUGUGACCCGUUUCUUUACGUUAUUCCAAGUCGGAGAGCCCAAAUAUCGUCGGAUACAGCAGCCAGCGUCAGAAAACGAAAACCACAGCCGAAACCUUGUUCGUGUUGGAUUUCUGGUGGUUUCGCGAUGGUAUCAAGGGUGGCAUGGGAGGUGGAAGCAAGUUGGAGGACCAAUUUCAAGAAUGUUGGUGUCGUCACUCUAUCAAUCGGGUGGGCCGGCGUUGGAGUCUUUGAAGGUGGCACGGACCUUCUGUCCAAUACCCGUUGA